AUGAAAGAUGGAUUUAUUGAAAAUCAAAAAUGGAACAAAUGGAUUCUACCAGAAGUGGUUUUAAAUAUAAAUGAAGAUGAAAAUCUUAAAAUUAAAUUACUUGAUUUGUUACUCAAUAUGGAAGUUUUGGAUUUUGAAGUUGUAAUUAAAGCAAAAUAUCCCCCGAAAAGAAAAUUAUUGUUGGGUAUUCCUACCCCAGGGUUUGGAAAUGUACUUGUACAAAAUUUUAUAUUAAUUAUUAUAAUAUAUUUUCCAACCCUGCACGGAAGUAUUAUUGGUGAAGAGUAUACAAAAGCUGCUAAUGUAUAUUCAUUAUUAUAUUAA